AUGGCGACAACAUUCGAUCAUGACAAGCUCUCCGCUGAGCACCAGCAGACCGAGAAUGUCGCGGAGAAGAUCUCGACUUCAUCGGGCAGUGGCGAGCUCGAAGCGCAGAAUAUCGAUCUUGAGGAGAAGGAGGCUGCCCGUGUGCUGAGGAAGGUGGAUAUGAGACUCGUUCCAAUGCUGUCUCUUCUCUACCUCGUCGCGUUCAUCGAUCGAAGUAACAUCGGUAACGCGAAGAUUGCUGGUAUGACGAAAGACCUGAAAAUGAGCGGUAGCCAGUACAACACUGCAGUCACCUUGUUCUUCGUUCCAUACACACUUCUCGAAGUACCUAGCAACAUCGUGCUCAAGAUGAUGCGCCCAAGCCAUUGGAUGGCAAUCUUGAUGUUCUGCUGGGGUCUCGUGAUGACACUCAUGGGUCUAACGUCCAGCUACGGUGGGCUACUUGCAGGACGUUUCUUCUUGGGUGUGACAGAGUCUGGCUUCUUCCCCGCAGCAACGUUUCUGCUUACUCUCUGGUAUCGCCGUUUCGAACUACAGCGUCGUAUGGCUGUUUUCUAUAUAGCCGCCUCUCUCGCGGGUGCUUUCAGUGGUUUACUUGCCUACGGUAUCGAGAAACUCGACGGUCGCUCUGGACUUGCAGGAUGGCAGUGGAUCUUCCUAAUCGAGGGAUUGAUCCCAGUGGCGCUCGCGCUCAUCAUCUGGAAGAUUCUCCCGGAUAGCCCCGAAACCGCCAAAUUCCUUACCCAACCAGAGCGCGACUUGCUGGUCUCCCGAUUGUCCAAUGAUUCCGGGUCUGGACAGGGACAGGCCACCAACAGCGAUAAGAUCAGCAAAGAGCAGAUUCUCACUGGGCUUUCGGACUGGAAGAUUUGGGCUGCUACAGUUAUUUUCUGGGGAAACACGGUUGGAGUUUAUGGGUUCACAGCCACCGUACCAUCCGUCAUCCAAGGCCUCGGCUACACGAGUGCAAAUGCUCAACUCAUGACCAUCCCGAUCUACGUUUUCGCCGCUAUCCUUACCCUCAUCUUUGCGUGGGCCUCCGAUCUGACACGCAAGCGCUCCCCAUACAUCAUCGCAGGCUAUUCGAUUGCCGUAUGCGGCUUCAUCGCUCAACUAGCCAUUCCUAAGCCCGCCUAUCCUGGCAUCACCUAUGGCUUCCUUUUCCCCGUGGCUGGAGGUCUAUACUGCCCCUUUACCUGCCUUGUCUCCUGGAUUGGCAACUCCCUCGCACCAUCUUCCAAGCGCGCUGUUGGAAUGGCUCUCUUGAUUUCCGUGGGAAACAUGGGUGGUAUCAUGGGAAGCAAUAUCUAUCUUUCGCGCGAAGCACCAAAGUACACGACAGGCUUUUCGGCUAGUUUGGCCAUGUGCUGUACCGCCAUUCUCAUGACUUUUGUGUUGAGGUGGGCGUAUGCGAAGGAAAAUAGACUGAGGGAUGAGCUGAUCGCGGAGCACGGUGAAGAUGCUAUUCGUGCGAGGUAUUCCGAGCAGGAGUUGUUGCUUAUGGGUGAUAAGAGCCCUUUCUACCGGUACACUUUGUAA